UUCUUCUUUUCUUUCUUUUUUUGCAACCCCUGUUGUUAUACUGAAACCCCAACGUAUCUAUUAUUUAUAUAAAGAAUGCAUUAUUACAAUCAAGACAAAGACAAUCCUAACCUCAAUAGUCAACUGUUUGGACAGUCCUUUGAGGAAAUGAACAGCAACUCUUUUCUUGACUUUGAAACAAGUCAUAGUUUGCCAACUCACUAUAACACUUCUGGACAAGACUUUCUUUCUUUUGGUAAAGACGAUAUAAGUUUCUUGAAUGAAAAUAUCUUUUUGGACAAUCAACAACAAAUUCUCUUGUCAGAUCCUAGUUUUGUUCGACAACAACAAUUGCUUCAACAACAAGAAAAACAAAAAACAACAGAAACUACGCCUGUUCGUUCCAACUUGUCUGCCAUGUUUGACAUAAACAAGACGCCGCAAGUACAGCCGAUACAGUUGGUCACAGGUCACCAAACAAGUCCAAAGCCUAUACCCAUUGCAUCUACAAAUCACUUGUCAUCUUCUGUACCUUCUGAUCCUGUUGAUCAUCAACGUCGUUUCAAUGAACUUCAAGCAAGAUUUAGAAAACUAUCUACAGAGCCUUUAGGAUCCUCUGUACCUACACACUACGACAGUAAGUUGCUCUCGUCUUCAUUUACAGAGGGCAGUAUACGACGCAAAUCAUCCCUGGAUCCUUCUAGUACGAAACCUAUACUCCGAAUCAACCGAGAAGGCGGUAAGAUCAAAUCAAACAAGUCCUCGAAUAUGGCUAUUCCUUCCCCCAAUAGCAACACGACGAAUGCUUCUUCAUUCCCUUCUCGCACUAUGCCCAUUCAAAUCCAACGUGUCCAGAGAGCCAGUCCAUCUCAACCAUUUGAUUUAGAACAACGACAAAAAAGACUGGAUGAUCAGCUUGUCAAGGUAGAUUUUGAUGAUAUCACAGUGGCCGAAUUGAAGGAAAUGUUACGUCAACGAGGUAAACCAGCUACAGGUAAAAAAGCCGUGUUAUUACAGCGUCUACAAGAUGAGCGUGAAAUGAUAUGCCACGCAAGAACGCAUGGUAUCCCUAUCCUGAACCGCAAUGCACCACCACAACUGACAGAAGGAAGUAGUCCUGUUAUGCAGUCGCCAUUGACAGAUCAUGCAGCUUCUUUACCUGAAUCAAUGUAUCUCUCGAGUUCACCUAUGUCGACUUCUUUGGGUGGCUUAAACCGGUCCAUUGCAGAUAUGCAUAUUGGCUCACCACCACCACCACCACCUGUUCAACCAUCACGCCGAUUCGCACCUUAUACAGCAACAAGGUCGAAUAUGAUUUCGAAUUAUUCAUCUUCUAUGCCUACAGGUCAUCUUGACGCGAUGAUGAUGAUGCAACCUACUCAACCUAGUCUUAGAACGUAUGCCCCAUUUGCCCCUUCUGCAUUAGCCACACCUGAUAAAGAGGACGAGCAUAAUCCCUUUGAUGAUUAUAAUAACACCAUGGAUUGGACAGAUCCUUCCCUUGAUUUCUUGCUUCAAAAUGGUAAGUAACUUGUUUGCUGGAAUUAAGGCUCACAAAAGAAAGGCAUAGGUGAUUUUCAAGGUAAAUCAACUGAAGAAAUUUUGUCCAUGUUGUAUACAGAUGAAUUUGCUCAAGACACCAUGGGUCCUGAUUUGGCAAGUGUCAUGUUUGACAACAGCAUGGCUAUCGAUAAACCAUAAUAUAUACAUAACCUUAUAGACAUUGUUCUCUUUAAUGCAUUUAUCUACUGUAUUUCUCAUUUUUUCUUUUUUUGCUUUGUUUUGUUUUUUCUCUCCUUUUUACAUAAUCAUCAUCAUCUAUUUCAUUUAAUAAACCAUAAAACUCGAUUAGGACACAAGGCUUGUCGAUUCAUC